UAUUUGAUAGUUUAGAAAUUGUAAUAUUUUUUUUUAUUAAUAUUUGUCAUACUAGUUUGGUAAACAUGUUGUGACGAAACUGAACGUGCGUCUGAUGUGUUUGCUAAACGAAAAGAAAUUAUUUAUACAUGACAAGAUAUUGAAAGAACGUUCGUAUUACAGAGUAGUCGAUGAAGACAUUAAGGAUUGUUUUAAAAAUAAGUAUAUGCACUGUGAGUUGAACAAAUAGCCAUUUUUAAAGUAAAAUAUCCGGUGCGUACUCUUUCUUUGCUGAUUGAAAACCGGGUGGAGUCUAUCAAUCUACAAGUGCGAACUUCGAAAUGGGGUGUGCUGUCAGUACAGCUGUAGAGAAGGAAGCUGCCGAAAGGUCUAAGAAGAUAGAUAAAGAUCUGCGAGCAGAUGGAGAAAGAGCUGCAAGAGAAGUUAAACUUUUGUUACUAGGAGCUGGAGAAUCUGGAAAGAGUACAAUAGUGAAGCAGAUGAAAAUCAUUCAUGAGACUGGUUACUCCAAAGAAGAAUGUGAGCAGUACCGGCCAGUGGUCUACAGUAACACUAUUCAGAGUCUCAUGGCCAUCAUCAGGGCAAUGGGGCAGUUGAGGAUUGAUUUUGCUGAACCCGGCAGAGCAGACCAUGCCCGCCAAUUCUUCACAUUAGCGAGUGCAGCGGAGGAAGGAGAGCUAACUCCUGAGUUGGUGAUGUUAAUGAAAAGGCUGUGGCAAGAUGCUGGAGUGCAGCUGUGUUUUGCUCGUUCCAGAGAGUAUCAGUUGAAUGAUUCAGCUGCAUAUUACCUGAAUGCACUGGACAGAAUCUCCCUACCUAGCUAUGUUCCCACACAACAGGAUGUUCUCAGAACAAGAGUGAAGACCACAGGCAUAGUUGAGACCCACUUCAGCUUUAAGGGGUUACACUUCAAGAUGUUUGAUGUUGGAGGUCAGAGGUCAGAAAGGAAGAAAUGGAUUCACUGUUUUGAAGGUGUGACAGCAAUCAUAUUCUGUGUGGCACUGUCAGGUUACGACUUAGUUUUAGCUGAAGACGAGGAAAUGAAUCGGAUGAUUGAAUCUAUGAAGCUGUUUGAUUCUAUCUGUAACAGCAAGUGGUUUGUUGAAACAUCAAUAAUCCUGUUUCUGAAUAAAAAGGAUCUUUUUGAGGAGAAAAUAGCAAAGAGUCCUUUGACUAUUUGCUUUCCGGAAUAUACAGGUUCAAAUACGUAUGAAGAAGCUGCAGCGUACAUCCAGUUGAAGUUUGAGAAUCUCAACAAACGGAAAGAUCAGAAAGAGAUCUACACUCACUUCACGUGUGCUACGGACACCAACAACAUCCAGUUUGUCUUUGAUGCUGUCACAGAUGUCAUCAUCAAGAACAACCUCAAGGACUGCGGUCUGUUCUGAUGAAGGAAGAACAGAUGUGAAACUCCAGUGCUGAAAUGGUUGUACUGCAAGAACUGAAUAAGGUUAGUCCUGCGCAUGUUGAGAGAAUUAAAUGUUCGCUUCUAAACUAAAAGAGUCUCUUUAACUUUGACUCACGUGAAGAACAGUUGAAGCUGUUGGUUAAGGUGAUAUGGUAGGAAACAUGAAAGUGUUGUACUAGUGCGACUGAAAUUUUGCCUUGAGAGCAGUGAGAUAUUGUUCAUGAUAACACAGACAAUGUGAUAUUUUUGUAACCAUGAACCUCUUAAAUUAAGUGUGUUACAUUAUGGAUUGGCGCGCACAACCAUUUCCUGCACCAAUUCUGUAACCUUAGAUGUCAUUUUACAGUGCGGAGAAAUAAUGAACGUUACUUCAGCAAAUCAUAGAUAACUUCUAAACUAUGUAAUGUAGUUUAAUGAGAAUUUCAGCACCUGACUGAAAUGCCUCGGAACGUGCAUGGUCACAAUUCUGUCUUUUGUAUUAUUCAUUCAGUUCUCUGCUUACCUUUUUUAUGCUGCUGGAAGGAGCGUUCUUUGUAUAGAGUGAAGUCACAGCUCUUGCAUUUGGAAGAUUUGUGAACGUAAUAAUUGCUUUUAUAAAUCUGUUAAUAUUAUUCUUUUUUUUUUUUUUUUUUACAACUUCAAAGUUUAAUGGAAAUGUAGGCUAUUAUAAGAAUGGGUAAAACAGGAGAAAAUUUGUCUGACAUCUUGACAUGUCAAACUUGUAGUGUUGCAUUGUUUUGUAGUAGGACUGGCGCAGUUUCUGCUACUGGGCUUGUAUUUGUUCCAUCUUGCUUUGCAUCACAAAGUCUCAUUUAUUGGAGUUUGCAGUGCUGCCACUGCAAGUAUUACAUAUAGAAAGGUGCCAAACGAAAGACCAUUUUACUCUUCAAAAUAAAUUUUCAGUAGUGAAUUUUUUUUUGAGCUUGAAACAUGAACAUUGACGGACACUGCAUCACUCUUUUUGUGAUGGUAAACAGAUCUUGAGAUUUCGCAUGUAGCAGGACCAACAAGCCCUCAUUGUAAAGGUCUGUCAUACUGCAAACUGUUAUACAAGGCCAUGGGCGUGGACAGAUCCAUGGAGUUAUCAUAAAAAGCGGUGGAAAAAUAAUAAAAAAUGAAUAUUGGGAUUUUUACAGAAAUUAACACAGCAUCUGAACUGAAAUUCAUGAGAACAGUGGAGUAUACUUGGAUGGACUGUAAACGAAACUAAGAAUAGAAUGUAUGUAAAAAUUAUAUGCAUUUGGAACAAAAUUUUGAAAUAUAAAACUAGUUGGAUUCAAGAAGUUCACAGAAUGGAAACUUUAAAAAAACUCAAACCACAUGGAUUAAGAAAUUGAGGGCAGCCUUUAAAGAGACUUUUGGACAAAUGAGCCUGAAAUGUUCCAAGAAGUGGCCUAACACUUUGACUGCUAGAUGGUGGUGGUGGUGGUAACGAUAACUGAAUAUGACAAGGCAAAGAAAGUGGGACCUACUCCAAAUUUGAUGUAAUAUGUGUCUUAAUGCCCAGGUAACACCAAUCACAGUUUUAAUAUAGCCUGCCUGAAUUAAUUAUUAAUAAUUCAUUUCUUACGUAUUUUGUAUGUCUGUAAUGCGAGUAACUAAUCGGUACUUAAUUUUGGAACUUUAGAAUAUAUAUUAUGAGUCUCUGUGACAUAUGGUCACUUUGAAAUAGAUUCAUCCAGUUCCCAAAUAAAAAAAAGUAUUAUCCUCUGAUGUGUGGGGAACUUGUGGUCUCUGGGUAAGACAAUGGACUCUUAUUCAGAGGGUCCUGGCAUCAACACCUGGUCAUAUCUGUGUGCAGAUUCGUCUACUCACACUUCUGUUAGUGAUAAAACAGGGAUGUGAAAUAUAUCUGGCCCCCACAACAAUUCAGAGCCCAUAUUAGACUAUAGCCCCUCUGACAGUGAUCGUCCUCAUGAACACCGUCAUUAGGAGUAAUGGGAUCUGCCCUACAGGUAUUUCCACCUCAGAAAUGGAUUCUAGAUGUAUCUGAGGUUGACAGAGGCCAGAAAAUGUAUAACAGACCAUCCCCCGAGGCAUUACAAACCUACCCAUCUUCUGAUCUUAGUCAAGUUGGCAGUAAAAUGGUGAAAGAACGGUGUGCUAUUGUCAGAAGAAAUCAUGUGAACUUACGCUGCUCUUUGUCACUACUCUGUUUCUAGAAAGAUGACUGAAUGUAUUAACAUUUAUGUUUUUUUAAGUAGGCCCAGUGUUAGAAAUAAAGUGUUUCUGCUUUUAGAAUGUAUACAGUUGGCAGCGUGGUCCAUAAUUUUGAUAACACAACUGCCUGUAUUAUAUUUUUUUAAGCAUGUUUAUGUUUUCAAAAUUAUGCUGUCUUUACAGUGCUGUAAUAUGGAAUCAUGUUACUUACUCCUGCCACAUAUAUAUAUUUUUUUUUUCAAGUGGGGGGAAAUCGUGCUAAAAUAAACAUGAGAAUACUGAAUAUAUUUCUUUGGAUAUUUGGAUGAACUAUGUAGAGGUACGACUGGAAAUUGUUUCCAUCACUUGAAAAAGAGUAAAUUCUUCUGAGACCUUGUUCAUGUAUGUCAAAUACAUACUCCAUACAAGUGUAGCACAGAAACUUCAUUGCUCCCUUUUAAAUUAUUCACUGCAUACAAAGUAUGUUUACUUUCACUGCUGCUGUAUAAGUGAAAGGUGAACUUAUCCAUAGCAGUCAUCUGUGUAUACAUUUAGCAUUAUAAUCUGGAAACAUUCCAGAGAUUUUUUUAAAAUGAAUAGCUAUUUUAUUGGAAUACUUUAAACUUUGUAUUAAAUAUAGGUUAAGGAGCAUUCAUAAAUUGCCCAGUGUGUAUUAUUUGUGAUGCCAUGAUGCGCAUGUGCUGACAUUAACUAAUCAGAAACCUCUUGGCUCGAAUCCAUGUAUUCUUCUCACUGCUGGCAUUAGAUUGGCACAUUUUUGCAUUUAACAGUGAAUCUCUUGGAUAUUACAUGACAUUCCAGGCAAGAUGUGCAUUGAAAAUUACUUGUCUGUCCUUAUUACAUUGGGUUUAAUUUCUGAGGAGACAUUCUCACAUGUUUUCAGACAUUUAACAUUCUCAUAUGCAGGUUCUUUUGAAUAACUGUGAGUUACGUGUCUUAAAAUGUGGAUUGUUAAAGGGAAUUUCAUAUUUGUUACAUUGAUUCAUGUUUGCUGCACAAUGUAUUGGGAUAGGAAAUUUAAAUUUGGUUUACUAGAACUUGGGUGUCAAUAUAUUCCCGUUGAUUCCUGUCAUAACAAAGGUCAUUCUGAACUAUUUUUGAUAUAUCUGUUUUUCAUGUUUUGUAUAACUGAACUGCUUCCAUCCAAAUUGGUCCAAAUGAUGGUCUUCCAUUUUUUAGUGCAGGAGGCCAUAACAAGCAACGUGUUAGGUCGCCUUAUUUUUCACAUUCUGAAUUUCUGUUUCCUUUACGUUAUCUUUUGUUGUACUUGCACAAGAAUAACAUGUUUUGUCAAUCUGUCUGUUCCCUAAUAUUAAACGUAGCUUGUAAUAUAACCAUGUAAAAUAUUUGUGUAGAAGAAGUUGACAACAUGUCAUGUUUUAAUCACAAACUGACUAUUUUCAGCUUCGUGCAGGUGUUAACGUGUUUAACGAAGGCCAAUGUUUCCUGGGAUGAACAUUAUUUUCUAUUAAAAGAUUUUAAUUUGUGAGAAUUUGCACAAAUAAAAUUGCUCAAUUAAUGAAGAAAUUUGUGUUACAACUGCAUUUAAAGUUAUGCUGGAGGAAACUGGAGCACAGAAGGCUAAGUUAAUAAGGAUCUUGAACAUGAGAUGCUUCUUUCUAUAAGGAUGCUUACUUCUGAUUAAGAACAGGCAGUAAGUCAUAUCUGAUGAAGUUAAGAUCUUUAAUAACCAUCUUUAACUCAAGUUAUGUUCCUUUACAUUUGGCAAUCAGUAACUUCCUUCGUUGUCCAGCAAUUGAUCCAUUACGUGUGCAGGUCAGCGAGUCGCUGUAUUUCCAGACAGAUGUAUCCGAAUGUUGUCAACUUUUUUAAUUUGAGGUCUUGCAAUCUUAAUACAGUUUGGCCGUAGGCAUUUAUAGGCAUAAAAGUGAAAGAAACUGGAGUUUUAAUAUGCCCAGGAAAUUCUGACUGACACAUAUGCACAUGGUGUGCUUUUGAUAAGUAUAUGCUUGUGACAGUUUUAUGUCUCAUGAUGCAAACAUUCAGGGCAUAUUUGCUUGAAACGUGUUGCUCUGACAUUGUAGUGCCAUAUCUUCCAUCUUGAGCUUUAAGUUAUAUUUCCAAGGAGCUGCCACUUUGUGAAGUUGGUUGCUCUCUUAUCUACAGUGUAAUUCUAUCUUGUCUAAUGAGCUUAUGAAAGCUUUUGCUACUAUUAUACAGUGCGUUCAGAUCGUACAUGUCGCAAUAUGUGGUUACAUCUUGAGCAGCCUACAGUAUAAAAUUAUCUGUGUUAUAUAAGAUUAGUUAAUUUUUGUGAAUACAAUUUUAAGUAAA